CACAAUCCGCGUGGGCAUUGUUGUGCUGUGACGUAACCAGGAAGUACUCCCGACGGCGGGACAAAGAUAGUUUGGCUGUCGUUCCUGUAUUCAGUCUCAAAAUGGUUCCUGUUCAUGCUGCCUGUGUUUUGAUGAGCCUCGUACCCCUGUUGGUGCUCGGUGUUCCUCCCAUAUGGACCCAGCCAGAGCAGGUUCACCUCUCCUAUCCAGGAGAGCCAGGCUCUAUGGGAGUGACCUGGACCACCUUGAACAAGACAGAGAGCGUGGUGGAGUAUGGCCUUAUGGGAGGUCGGCUCUUUGACAUGAGUGCCAAAGGCGACGCUACGUUGUUUGUGGACUCAGGAGAGGAGAAGAGGAAGAUGUACAUCCACAGAGUCACGCUCACAGGCCUCAAACCUGCUGCUACGUAUGUUUACCACUGUGGGAGCGAUGAAGGCUGGAGCGAUGUGUUCUUCUUCACUGCUCUGAAUGACAGCGCUAGCUUCAGUCCCAGGUUUGCUCUGUAUGGUGACCUGGGCAAUGAGAACCCUCAGUCUCUGGCUCGGCUGCAAAAGGAGACGCAGCUCGGCAUGUACGAUGUCAUCCUGCACAUAGGGGACUUUGCCUAUGAUAUGCACGAGGAUAACGCCAGGAUCGGAGACGAGUUCAUGAGGCAGAUCCAGUCCAUAGCCGCCUACGUGCCCUACAUGACCUGUCCCGGCAACCACGAGUCCACAUA